ACUGCAAUGGCUUUUGCUUUUGUGUUUUCACCACCUUCAUUACCUCUGCUUUUGGUGUGCCUUGAGACAUCCUUUUUCCUACAUUCUUUUACUACUUUUUAUUCAAGAAUCCCAGCAGCCAUCAAUACUUAACAGCACUGCCAUCUCUCUGAUUCUCUCUCUCUCUUCCCCUCCCCUCUCUCUCUGUUCCUCUAGACAAUACAGCAGUCUCUCCUAUUUUUGUAUUGAAUGAUCAUAUAGCCUUCAAGAAAAUGGGUACUCCAGUAAACAUUAUCGUCGGAUCCCAUGUUUGGGCAGAGGAUCCUGAGGUCGCCUGGAUCGAUGGAGAAGUUGUAGAGAUUAAAGGAACAGAUGCAACCAUAGCUACCACAAAUGGGAAGUCUAUAGUUGCAGCUAUUUCGAGCAUAUACCCAAAAGAUACGGAAGCGCCCCCUGCUGGGGUUGAUGAUAUGACCAAGUUAGCUUACCUCCAUGAGCCAGGAGUGUUACACAACCUUGCAUCCCGGUUUGCUCUCAAUGAGAUAUACACUUACACGGGAAAUAUAUUAAUAGCUGUGAACCCAUUCCGGAGAUUGCCGCAUUUGUAUGAUAUCCACAUGAUGCAGCAGUAUAAGGGAGCUGCUUUCGGAGAGCUAAGCCCUCAUCUUUUUGCAAUUGCAGAUGCCUGUUACAGGGCAAUAAUUAAUGAACAUGGAAGCCAGGCUAUCUUGGUGAGUGGAGAGAGUGGAGCUGGUAAAACUGAGACGACAAAGUUGUUAAUGAGAUAUCUUGCUUUCAUGGGUGGGAGAUCUGGUACGGAAGGGAGAACAGUAGAACAACAGGUCCUGGAGUCCAAUCCAGUCCUAGAAGCAUUCGGCAAUGCAAAGACUGUUAAAAACAACAAUUCCAGUCGUUUUGGUAAAUUUGUAGAGAUCCAAUUCGAUAAGCAUGGGAAGAUCUCAGGAGCUGCAGUUCGAACUUAUCUCCUAGAGAGAUCUCGCGUUUGCCAAGUCUCUGAUCCAGAGAGGAAUUACCAUUGCUUUUACAUGCUUUGUGCAGCACCGCCAGAGGAAGUGAAAAAGUUUAAACUUGGAGAUCCAAGAACAUUUCACUAUCUAAAUCAAAGUAAUUGUUAUGAAGUGGCAAAUGUCGAUGACGCCAGAGAAUACCUGGAAACGAGAAAUGCCAUGGACAUAGUUGGAAUCAACCAGGACGAGCAGGAAGCUAUAUUCCGUGUAGUAGCUGCUAUACUCCACUUGGGGAAUGUCGAAUUUGUCAAGGGGAAUGAAGUGGAUUCUUCCAAGCUAAAAGAUGAUAAGGCACGCUAUCACCUUCGGACAACAGCAGAGCUACUCAUGUGCAACGAGAAGGCACUGGAGGACUCUCUUUGCCAGCGUGUAAUUGUAACUCCUGAUGGAAGCAUUACAAAACCACUUGAUCCUGCUGCAGCCAUCACAAGCAGGGAUGCUUUGGCAAAAACAAUAUAUUCCAGAUUAUUUGAUUGGAUAGUGGACAAGAUAAACAGUUCAAUUGGUCAAGAUCCCAAUGCUAAAAGCAUAAUCGGAGUCCUAGAUAUAUACGGGUUCGAGAGCUUCAAAAUUAACAGUUUUGAGCAGUUAUGUAUCAACCUGACAAAUGAGAAGUUGCAGCAGCAUUUCAAUCAGCAUGUAUUCAAGAUGGAACAAGAAGAGUACACAAAAGAGGAAAUCAACUGGAGUUAUGUUGAAUUCGUAGAUAAUCAGGAUGUAUUAGAUCUGAUUGAAAAGAAACCAGGAGGAAUAAUUGCUCUCCUUGAUGAAGCCUGCAUGUUCCCCAAAUCAACUCAUGAGACAUUUGCGCAAAAGAUGUAUCAGACUUACAAAGGUCACAAACGCUUUAGCAAGCCAAAACUUGCUCGAACUGAUUUCACAAUUAAUCAUUAUGCUGGUGAUGUGACUUAUCAAGCUGAUCAGUUCCUGGACAAGAAUAAGGACUAUGUUGUCGCAGAACACCAAGCUCUUUUGACUGAAUCUAAGUGCUCAUUUGUUGCAAAUCUCUUCCCACCAUUGCCUGACGAAGCAUCAAAGCAGUCCAAGUUUUCUUCCAUUGGUACCCGCUUCAAGCAACAGUUACAAUCGUUAAUGGAAACGCUGAGCACAACAGAGCCACAUUAUAUCAGAUGUGUAAAGCCGAAUACUGUUCUGAAGCCUGGAAUAUUUGAGAACUUCAAUGUCUUAAACCAGUUGAGAUGUGGAGGUGUGUUAGAGGCCAUAAGAAUAAGUUGUGCUGGAUAUCCAACAAAAAGAACAUUUGAUGAGUUCAUAGACCGGUUUGGAAUGCUAGCUCCAGAUGUUGUGGAUGGGUCCGAUGAGAAAUCAGCAUGUAUUGCAAUAUGUGACAAAAUGGGCUUAAAAGGCUAUCAGAUUGGGAAAAGCAAGGUAUUUCUUAGAGCAGGGCAGAUGGCUGAAUUAGAUGCUAGAAGAGCUGAAGUUCUGGCUCAUGCGGCAAAGCGCAUUCAGAGACAAAUCCGGACAUACCUAACCAGAAAAGAGUUCAUCAUCCUCCGCAAGGCUACCAUAAAUGUCCAGAAACUUUGGAGAGCACGACUGGCAUGUAAGCUUUAUGAAUACAUGAGAAGAGAAGCUGCUUCAAUUCGAAUACAGAAACAUGCACGGGCUCAUGCAGCAAGAAGAUCUUACACCAAAUUACAGGGAGCGGCAAUUGUAAUUCAAACUGGAUUACAAGCAAUGGCAGCACGAAAUGAGUUCAGAAGGAGAAGACAAAACAAAGCAGCAACAAUCAUUCAGACGCAAUGGAGAAGUUUCCAUGCCCUUUCCGCCUAUAAUCGACUGAAGAAAUCCACCAUUGCAGUUCAAUGCCUCUGGCGAGCUAGAAUAGCAAGGAAGGAGCUUCGCAAAUUGAGGAUGGCAGCAAGGGAAACAGGAGCCCUGAAGGAAGCAAAGGACAAGCUAGAAAAGCGUGUAGAGGAGCUUACAUGGAGAUUGGACAUUGAAAAGCACUUACGAGUGGAUAUUGAAGAAGCAAAGGGGCAAGAGAUAGCAAAACUGCAGAAUGCUUUACAGGAUAUGCAGACACAACUACAUGAAGCACAUGCCGCCAUCAUUCAUGAAAGAGAAGCUGCAAAGAUAGCAAUUGAACAAGCCCCACCUGUCAUCAAAGAGGUACCAGUUGUUGACAACACAAAGGUGGAGCAACUGACAACUCAAAACCAAGAACUUCAGGAAAUGAUCACUGAACUAAAGAAGCGGGUAGAGGAAUUUGAGCAGAGUUAUUCAGAGGUGGAAAAAGAAAGCCACGCCAGACUUAAAGAAGCAGAAGAAGCACAACAGAGAGCUUCACGACUGCAAGAGACCAUUGAAAGAUUAGAAGCGAACGUGUCUAAUCUCGAGUCGGAGAAUCAGGUCCUACGACAGCAAGCUUUGGCUGCAUCAGCCAAAGAGGACUUCACUGAGGAAAUGGAAGUAUUGAGGGGAAAGAUCAGAGAUUUGGAGUCAGAAAACAAGUUCCUCCGCAGUCAAAAAGUAGUUGUGGAACAAAUAGCGACUUCUGAUGAUCAAGUUAGCCUACCAGCAAAGGAUUUGGAUAAUGGAUAUCAGAGCCAUAAUGACUUCCAAACUAUGGAACAGCAUCCACUAAACAAUGUGGAGCAACAAACAAUUGAAGAUUCAAAGGCUACUCCCGCUCUCCUCGUUAAACAGAGAUCCUUGACAGAUCGGCAGCAGGAAAACCAUGAUGCACUAAUCAAAUGUCUUUUGGAAGACAAUCGCUUUGAUAAAAAUAGGCCUGUUGCUGCUUGUAUUGUGUAUAAAGCACUCAUUCAAUGGAGAUCCUUCGAAGCAGAUAAAACUAAUAUAUUUGAUAGGAUUAUUCAUGCAAUCCAAUCAUCAAUAGAGAACCAGGACAACACCAAAAAUCUCGCCUACUGGCUGUCAACAACUUCAACUCUUUUGUUUCUUAUUCAAAAAACAAUCAAGGCGAGCAAUACAUCAUCAGUGGUCUCAAAACGUAACCGAAGUUCACCCAUUACACUUUUUGCUAGAAUGGCACAGGUGCGAUCAUCUUCUGUGAUCACGGGACUAUCUAGUGGAUACAGCGGGAUCGAGGGAAAUCCAGUUGCAAAAUCAAGGAUUGAAGCUAAAUAUCCAGCUUUAUUGUUUAAGCAACAUUUAACUGCCUGUGUAGAGAAAAUAUACGGGAUGAUUCGUGAUGGCUUAAAGAAAGAGAUCAGCCCAUUUCUUAAUUUGUGUAUACAAGCACCAAGAGCUGCAAGGAUCAGACCAGUGAAAGGAUCAUCUAAAAACAUUCAUUCACAUAUCAUAACGAAACAACAGGGCUCUAGUAUACACUGGCAAAAUAUAGUCCAAAGCUUGGAUCAAACCAUUGGGAUUCUGUCUGAAAAUUAUGUUCCUUCUACCAUCACAAGGAAAAUUUUCAGCCAAGUAUUCUCAUUCAUAAAUGUUCAGCUUUUCAAUAGCUUACUGCUCCGCCGUGAGUGCUGCUCAUUUAGCAAUGGUGAAUAUGUGAAGGCUGGUUUACAAGAAUUAGAACAUUGGUGUAUGAAAGCAACAGAUGAGUUUGCUGGAUCCUCAUGGGAUGAACUCCAACACAUUAGACAAGCUGUAGCUUUUCUGGUCUUGCAUCAGAAAACUCACAAGUCAUUGGAUGAGAUCACAAAUGAACUCUGCCCGGUAUUGAGCAUUGCACAAAUAUAUAGAAUUGGUACCAUGUUCUGGGAUGACAAAUAUGGAACCCAAGGAUUAUCUUCAGAGGUGAUUGCAAAGAUGAAAGCGCUGACGGUGGAAGAUUCAAUUAGUACACCAAACAAUACCUUCUUGCUCGACGUGGAUUCAAGUAUGCCUUUCUCCAUGGAUGAGAUAUCGCGGUCUUUCCAAGAUAUCAAUGUGUCUGAUGUGGAUCCACCGCCCCUCCUUCGUCAGAGAUCAGACUUCCAUUUCCUGUUGCAGACAACAGAAUGACAUUUUUGCAGUUUUCCAAUUUUGAUUCUAUACACAGCAGUAAGUGUUCUCAGUUUUUAAAUGGACACCUUUUUAUUUUUUCCCCUUUGGGUGGUGGAGAGUGAGUUUGUGAGUGUUCAGAAUGUAAAUCCCCUUUUUCCCUGUUCGAAAUUUCUUUUCCUCCUUGAAUCUUUUGGCCCUUGUUAUCCAGCCGGCAACGAUAAGGCGACUAAAGUUAUAUGAUGCUCUUAUGGUGGGGACUAUUACAGAAACUGUGAUGUAAUGCAAAUAACAUCUGUUUGAAAAAUAUUACUAGAAACAGAAAGAUUUGUUUGC